ACUAGUGCAGUAGUGAUGAGAGAUGCAGAUGGAAAGUCCAAGUGUUAUGGGUUCGUCAAUUUUGAAACUGCAGAGGAUGCUGCUAAGGCUGUUGAAUCCUUAAAUGGAAAGAAAUUUGAUGAUAAAGAGUGGUAUGUUGGGAAAGCACAGAAGAAAUCUGAAAGAGAGCAAGAAUUGAAAAGCAAGUUUGAGCAGACUGCCAAGGAGGCGGUUGAUAAAUACCAAGGUGUUAACUUGUAUGUAAAAAAUUUGGAUGACACCAUUGAUGAUGAGAAGCUCAAGAAACGUUUUUCAGAGUUCGAUACGAUAACUUCAUGCAAGCAUGAUGUCAGCAGCUGUCUUGGGCCGAGCCACGGGUGGACUGCAAAAACUCCCAUUGAUGAUGAUCAGACGUUUAUGUCGAACCCAAUGAUCCAAUCAGAAUCUUCUUCCAGCAGUCUACUUCAGUCUCAACUCGGGCAUUGUUCAUACGAAUCACAGCCUGCUGAAAACUCGAUAUACUUAUUGUUUGAAGUUUCGCAUGUCUGA